CAGCGACGGGCGGGGCCCGGCCGAACCCCCUCUAACAGCUGAAGUGGGUUGCGAGUGGGAGGCGGCGGCUGGUCCUCAGCGGUGUUUGGGAAGAUGGCGCCUCCGGUGACGGACCGGGGGCUGAAGAGCAUCGUGUGGCAGAAGAUAAAAGCAACAGUGUUUGAUGACUGCAAGAAAGAAGGCGAAUGGAAGAUAAUGCUUCUAGAUGAAUUUACCACUAAGCUUUUGGCAUCGUGUUGCAAAAUGACAGAUCUUCUAGCAGAGGGUAUAACUGUUGUGGAGAAUAUUUAUAAGAAUCGAGAACCUGUCAGACAAAUGAAAGCUCUUUAUUUUAUCUCUCCAACAUCAAAGUCUGUAGACUGUUUUUUACGUGAUUUCGGAAGUAAAUCGGAGAACAAAUACAAAGCAGCGUAUAUCUACUUCACUGACUUUUGCCCUGAUAGUCUCUUUAACAAAAUUAAGGCUUCUUGCUCCAAGACAAUAAGAAGAUGUAAAGAAAUAAAUAUUUCCUUCAUUCCACUUGAAUCUCAGGUAUAUACUCUUGAUGUACCAGAUGCAUUCUAUUACUGUUACACUCCAGACCCUAGUAAUGCAAAUGGAAAAGAUAUCAUCAUGGAAGCGAUGGCUGAGCAGAUAGUUACAGUAUGUGCUACCCUGGAUGAAAAUCCUGGAGUAAGAUAUAAAAGUAAACCUCUGGAUAAUGCCAGUAAGCUUGCUCAGCUUGUUGAAAAAAAACUUGAAAACUACUACAAGAUUGAUGAAAAGAGCCUAAUAAAGGGUAAAACUCAUUCCCAGCUCAUAAUAAUUGAUCGUGGCUUUGAUCCUGUGUCCACUGUCCUGCAUGAACUGACCUUUCAGGCAAUGGCAUAUGAUCUACUGCCGAUUGAGAAUGAUACAUACAAAUAUAAAACCGAUGGGAAAGAAAAGGAGGCAGUCCUUGAAGAAGAUGAUGACCUCUGGGUCAGAAUUCGACAUCGGCAUAUUGCAGUUGUAUUAGAGGAAAUUCCCAAGCUUAUGAAAGAAAUUUCAUCAACAAAGAAAGCAACGGAAGGAAAGACAUCACUUAGUGCUCUUGCCCAACUGAUGAAAAAGAUGCCCCAUUUCCGUAAACAGAUUACUAAGCAAGUUGUUCAUCUUAACUUAGCAGAAGAUUGCAUGAAUAAGUUCAAGCCUAAUAUAGAAAAGCUCUGCAAAACUGAACAGGACCUGGCACUUGGAACUGACGCAGAAGGACAGAAAGUCAAAGAUGCUAUGCGAGUACUCCUUCCAGUUCUACUCAGCAAAAAUCAUGAUAAUUAUGAUAAAAUAAGAGCAAUCCUACUUUAUAUAUUCAGUAUUAAUGGAACUACGGAAGAAAACUUGGACAGGUUGAUCCAGAAUGUAAAGAUAGAAAAUGAGAGUGACAUGAUUCGUAACUGGAGUUACCUUGGUGUUCCCAUUGUCCCUCCCUCUCAACAAGGCAAACCAUUAAGAAAGGAUCGGUCUGCAGAAGAAACGUUUCAGCUCUCUCGAUGGACACCUUUUAUCAAAGAUAUUUUGGAGGAUGCCAUUGAUAAUAGAUUAGAUUCAAAAGAGUGGCCAUAUUGUUCCCAGUGUCCAGCAGUAUGGAAUGGCUCAGGAGCUGUAAGUGCUCGGCAGAAACCCAGAGCUAAUUAUUUAGAGGAUCGAAAAAAUGGGUCUAAGCUGAUUGUUUUUGUAAUCGGAGGAAUUACAUACUCUGAAAUGCGUUGUGCUUAUGAAGUAUCUCAGGCACAUAAAUCCUGUGAAGUUAUUAUUGGUUCCACGCAUAUUUUAACACCCAAAAAGCUGUUGGAUGAUAUAAAGAUGCUGAAUAAACCCAAGGAUAAAGUCUCCUUUAUUAAAGAUGAAUAGCAUUUUAGCGGGGAAGGGAUUUGGAGAUUCUUAUUAAUUUGAUCAACUAAAGUAGAUCAAGACAUUGUGGCUGUCAUGUAAUUUAAAAAAUGUAAAUAUUUUAAGGAAUAAUGACUUUUCAAAUAUAUUUCUUAAGGGACUGUUUAUGAUUGCAUAUCAUUGGAUUUGCCUUUUUGUGAUACGCGGGCCUCUCACUGUGGUGGCCUCUCCCGAUGCACAGGCUCAGCGGCCAUGGCUUACGGUCUUCCCGGACCGGGGCACGAACCCAUGUCCCCUGCAUCGGCAGGCAGACUCUCAACCGCUGCGCCACCAGGGAAGCCCUGGAUUUGCCAUUUUUAAUUUAAAUAUUGUUGCUGCUUUAUAGAUGAUGAGAAGAAACGUUAAAAUGCUUUCUAAAAGGAAAUAUUUUCAGCUUUGGAACAGAAUAUAUUACAGUUAUGGGUAAUUUUUCACAGCCACCUAUGUACAUACUAAUUACUUAUUAGAUACUUAUCUGUCUAAUGCUGAAGUAUAGUUUUUUGGGAAAGAAUGAUUUUAAAUGAAAAGGUUGUAAAAGUAAAAACUGUGAACUUGUAUGUAUGAUAGAAUGAUUUCCUAUAAGUGCAGUUUUCCUUUCAACUGAGAUUCAUAACUUCUUUUAUAUGUAAAGUAAUUUAGUCAUUAAUAGGAAUAGAAUGAUUUCACAGCAUAUACUGUUGCUAGAUACUUCUGAAGAACACAAUUUUGUAUAAUUCUGAAUAAUGUAUGUUAAAUUAGCAAACAAAAAUAAUCAUGAACAUUCUAAGAGAAAAUAAAUAUAUACUUACAAAAAUUAUCUCUGUUUUUUUGGCAGGGAGGAAGGGGAAAUUGGGAAAUUUUAAAGUUCUAAGUCAGAGAAUUACAAAGAAGAAGAAGAAUGCAUCAUAAUCUUCCCACCAACAUAACUCCCUUUGACCUAAGAAAAUAAUAAUGUAAUCUUUGUAUAUGGUUGGAUAAUGUAAGGAUAUGUGUGCACAUGUGUUACACAAAGGGAACACCUUCAUUUCAAAUCUUUCCUUUUACCUGGCCUCAUAGUGUUCUAUUAUAGAGUGGGCUGUAAUUUAUAUAUCACUCGUCUUCAGGGUUUUGCUCUUACAAAUAAUGCGGCAUUGUUUGGGUACAUACCUGUGCAAACUUACACAAAUAUUUCUAUAAUAUAAAUUUCUAGCAAGGACAUAGCUGUCUAAAGUAUUUGUGCUUUAAAAUACUGAUAGAUAUCACCAUUUAAAAUUUUUAUGUAGGGACUUCCCUGGUGAUCCAGGGGCUAAGACUCCACGCUCUCAAUGCAGGGGGCCUGGGUUCAAUCCCUGGUCAGGGAACUAGAUCCUACAUGCUGCCAUGCUGCAACUAAGUGUUGGCAUGCCACAACUAAAAGAUCCCCCACACCACAACUAAAAAGGCCCCGCACACAGCAACUAAAGAUCCCACGUGCCACAACUAAGACCCGAUGGAGCCAAAUAAAUUAAUUAAUUAAAUAAAUAAAUACUAAAAAAAUAAAAUUUUUAUGUAGAUCAAUCCAUCACUUUUCCUGUGUGGCUUGCAAAUUUAUGUUGUACUUAGAAAUAUCUUUGCACCUGAGAUUGUAAAUUCACCCAUCGAUCUUCUAGAGCAUUUUGAUAGGUUCAUUUUAUUUUUUACAGGUAACUCUUUUAUCCAUCUGGAAUUGGUUUUAGUAUGAGAAUGUGUGCUAGAUAUUGUCUCUUAGCACUUGGCAUUAUGUCCCAUGCCUCCCCAUUCCAUACCACAGGGGAUGAAAGCUAAAAAGGAAGUUUUGCAGACUCAAAGGUAAGUGGGGUUCUGAACAGGUUAGAUUCUGCCAACGACUUGCAUUUGGUCAAGUUUUGAAGUUAGAAGGGAGGCAGAGGCCAUCUGCUGCAGCUGUGCCAAUGGACAAGCAAGUUGCUGCCGACAGGAGUUGUUUGUAGCAACCAGACUCCACAUUUUAGUGUCUCUCACCUGCUUCAUGGGUAUGAGGCAAUGCUGGUGGCAACUGGUGGCAUUAACUUCCUGUUCUCUGGAUCAGAUGGUGAUAUGACCUUGAAUCUAAAAAUAUGGCCCCUAGUUUCUGCCCUUACAGCUUUUUCCAUGAGUUUUAAGGACUUAAUUCUCUAUAUGUUAAAACACUUCUUGAAAUAUCUAGAGGAGUUUCUGUUCUCCCGUGAACCCUGACUGAUACAGUAUUUAACAGAGAUCCAUCCUUAUUUCUUUCUAAAUAGUCAGAUACUAUACCAAAUUUUAUUGGGUAAUCCCUCUUUCCCCAACUGAACUGAAAUACUACCUUUCUCAUAAACUAAGUUUGUAUUUUGGUCUAUUUCUGGAUUCUGUUUUAUUGACUUAUAGUUUGUAUCUCUUUUUCUCUAUUUUAUUUUUUUUAAUUUUUAUUGGAAUAUAGUUGAUGUACAAUGUUGUAUUAGUUUCAGGUGUGCCGCAAAGUGAAUCAGUUAUACAUAUACCAUUCUUUUCCCAUAUAAGGCAUUACAGACUAUUGAGUAGAGUUCCCUGUGCUAUACAGUAGGUCCUUAUUAUGUAUUUAAUAUAGAGUUGUGUGUAUAUGUCAGUCCCAGGCUCCCAGUUUAUUCCCUAUUUUGAUUCAUGGUGUGUUAAUAUGUGGACGUAAUCUCUGUUCCUCCCAUACCAAAAUUACCGUUAUUUUUCAGAAUUCCCUGGGUAUUACAUUUUUUAAAAAUGAACUUUAGUCUCGUUAAUACCAAAAGUUAUUCUGAUAUUUUCAUUAGGUGUACAGUAAAUUUAUAGGUUAAUUUAGGGAAAAUAUGACCUUAAGAAUCAUUAUUUUCUUUAUAUAGAUCCUGCAUAUCGCCAUAAUAUUUUUCAUGGUUCCAUGUGAAUUGGAUCUUCUAUUAUGCUUUUCAAACAGAUGUUUUUUAAUUAAUUAAUUUAUUUUUUUGGCUGCGUUUGGUCUUCAUUGCUGAGCGCAGGCUUUCCUUUUAGUUGCGGCGAGCGGGGGCUACUCUUCGUUGCAGUGUGCGGGCUUGUCAUUGCGGUGGCUUCUGUUGUUGCGGAGCACGGCUCUAGGCGCGCAGGCUUCAGUAGUUGUGGCGCGCGGGCUCUCGAGUGCAGGCUCAAUAGUUGUGGCGCACGGGCAUAGUUGCUCUGCAGCAUAUGGGAUCUUCCCGGACCAGGGAUCAAAACCGUGUUCCCUGCAUUGGCAGGCGGAUUCCUAACCACUGCGCCACCAGGGAAGCCCUGGAUUUUUUUAUAUAUAGGAAGGUUUCUGUUUUUGAUAUAUUAAUUUUAGAAUUUGAUAUUUUACUAAGUAAUGAUAAUAAAAUAAUAAUGUGCAAAUG